GUAGUCGUUGUCGCGCGCGCGCGUGUGUGAAAUCGAAUUUCCAGCCGGAGAGAUCGGCAUCGCCCCGAGAAAGUAUUCGCAGCAGUUUAUACGACGCAGUGCGCGCUCCCGAGCAGCUUUUCGGCCUGAAAAUGCGCGGAUUACUCGGAGUUUUCCUCAUCGUCGCGCUGCCGCUGACCUUCGCGCACAUCAUCGAAAACAAGCUUCACUUGCCGAACAUACUGGAGAAGCAUCUGGGCGGCGCGCGAGCCAACACCACUGCUCCGGAGGAAGACAAGUUCUUCCUGAACUGGCUGCAGAAUGUCCUGGGCUACAAUCCACCGAUCACCAUCACCAGCACGACGCAGCCUCCAACGGUCGAAGCUGAGAAGUGCGCAGCUUGCUACUGCGGUGUGACGAACAAGCAGACCAGGAUCGUCGGUGGCCACGAAACGAUGGUGAACGAGUAUCCCUGGGUGGCCUUGCUGACGUACAAGGGGCGAUUCUACUGCGGCGCGAGUGUCAUCAACUCCAAAUACGUGUUGACGGCGGCUCACUGUGUUGACAGGUUCCAGAAGACCCUGAUGGGCGUGCGCAUUCUCGAGCACGACCGGAACUCCACCCAGGAGACGAUGACCAAGGACUAUCGAGUUCAGGAGAUCAUCAGACACGCCGGCUACUCGACGGUCAACUACAACAACGACAUAGCGCUCAUAAAAAUCGACGGCGAGUUCGAGUUUGACAAUAGAAUGAAACCGGUCUGCCUGGCCGAGCGAGCGAAAACUUUCACCGGCGAAACGGGCAUCGCGACCGGUUGGGGAGCCAUCGAGGAAGGCGGACCCGUCUCCACGACUCUGCGCGAAGUCAGCGUGCCAAUUAUGUCGAACGCCGACUGCAAGGCGUCCAAGUACCCGGCGCGAAAGAUCACCGACAACAUGCUCUGCGCCGGCUACAAGGAGGGCCAGAAGGACUCCUGCCAGGGCGACAGCGGUGGUCCCCUUCACAUCAUGUCCGAGGGUGUGCAUCGCAUAGUCGGAAUCGUCUCGUGGGGCGAAGGUUGCGCGCAGCCUGGCUAUCCCGGCGUUUACACGCGAGUCAACCGUUACAUCACCUGGAUCACGAAGAACACAGCUGACGCGUGCUACUGCACGGACCACGUGACGCUGCGUGUUUAGACGAUAACCUAUUGGACUGCAAUGAGAUUGUACACACGAAAACUCGUCUCGCAAUGAGUGCACGCAGGAAUAUUUAUUUAUUUAUUUAUUUAAAGACGACACAGCAUGUUGCGUUUUGUGCAUAAUACUCUCGAAUAGACUGAGACUCUAUUUUUAGCAAUAUGUAAGUAAUACAUCGAGAUAGAAAAAAAAAUGAAUUCAAGUUUUACGCAGCUAGUCUUUUUUAUAGCACUCGUUUUGAAAUGCAAUUACACAGGACUCUUGUACUCGUAGCAUAUUACGAGAUACAUCUUAAGAUUAAAUAAAAAAAAAAACGAAAUAAA